AAGCAGAGCGGCCAUCUUGUCGAGCUCAGUCGGAAACCAACUGCCGAGCAGUGAAGGAUGGUGUAGAGAGGAGACGAGAGGCCAGAUGUGUUAGGCGAGGGAUUUUUUAAUGCGCUUCCGAGCCCGAUUGCCGCUACGUGCGAGAGGCUGUGCGAUAGCGACGACGGAGCUACAACGACCACCGCGGGAUUUUCGCGUGCGAAAAGGCCCGGUGCAUCCGGUUAAAAACCUUGUGCGGAGGGGGAGUUGUGGAGGAGCAGGAGCAGGAGCAGGAGGAAGAGGCGGAGGAGGCGGAGGCUCUGGCGAGAGGCUGACUGCGAGCUUAGCUUCUCAUCGGCGAAAAGGCUUGGCCGCCUGGUUGUGAGGAGUGGACGAGAUAGGCGGCGAAGAAGAGAGAGUGAGAAGAGACCAAGCAGCACACGUAGAAUGACCGACCGAGAGAAAGUGCAGUGUCAAAGUCUGUGAUAGUAUUUAUUCAAAAACAACAAGGUUUCGUACAUCUGUAGCGAAACAUCGUCGGCAACAGCAGCAUCUCUCGUGGACGUGUCAUCGUCGCUCGAGAGGGAGAGAAAGAGAAGAGAACGAAAUAGGGAAAAGAGGAACAGUCGUGCGCGCCGAGGGACGAAGCUGCGGAGUGAAGAUAUAAAGACAGAGAGAGAGAGAGAGAGACGCGUAGAAGAUAGACUUUAUAUAUUUAUUUAUAUCUGUGAUACCGACACGCUGAUAUACAUCGACCCUCUUCGCACGAAAUACGAGACGUGGACGAGCGAGAGGAGAGCAGAGAGGGAGAUUAUAUCAGUCUCUUAGUAGAUAGGCGUUUUUGUAAAUACGACUGACUCUUUUUUAUAAUUACUGCUAGCGGUGCGAGUCGUGAAAGAGAGAAAGAGAGAGAGAGAGAGAGAGAGAGAGGGGACAGAAAACGCGUGCACGGACGGAUCUUUCGACAGUGGUGUGAACCGUCAGAGAAUUCCCAGAUAUUGUCUGGACGAGCAGCAUCACGCGGUCGCAAGGAAACAUGGUGGAGAAAAUCCUGGAGGAGAGAGAGGACGGCACUCAGGAGGUUGGACGUGGUGACGGCACCUGCCGGGACGCAGUCUCGACGGGAGAAUCUAUGAGUGCGGUGCAAGCCCGUCAAGAAGAGGCGAGACGUAAGAGGCGCAGGAAGAGACGUUCCGGCUCGUCCUUGGUGUCCUCCUGCUUCCAAGAACUGUACAAAUUGACCGGUGAGGUACUUGGUGAGGGUGCUUAUGCCUCAGUUCAGACCUGUACGUCCCUCUACACUGACUUAGAAUAUGCCGUGAAGAUCAUCGACAAGAUUCCCGGGCAUGCUCGUGCCAGGGUGUUCAAGGAGGUCGAGACUUUCCAUCAUUGCCAGGGUCACCCGAACAUCAUUCAGCUGAUCGAGUUCUUUGAGGACGAAGAGAAGUUCUACCUUGUAUUCGAGAAAGUUAACGGUGGUCAGCUGUUAAACAGAAUUCAGGAGCGAGUUCACUUCACCGAGAGGGAGGCGAGUCAGAUUGUCAAUGAGAUUGCGAGCGCGCUCAACUUUCUUCAUAAGAAAGGGAUCGCCCAUAGAGAUCUCAAGCCAGAGAAUAUCUUGUGCGUGUACCCGGACAAACUGAUACCGAUCAAGGUAUGCGACUUCGAUCUCGGUUCAGGCAUCAAGUUCAACAAUUCGUUGUCAAGUCCUGUGGCUACACCGCAACUUUUGACGCCGGUCGGUAGCGCCGAGUUUAUGGCGCCAGAGGUAGUCGAGGCCUUUAUCGGCGAGGCCAAUUAUUAUGACAAGCGUUGUGAUCUCUGGAGUCUUGGCGUGAUCAUGUACAUCUUGCUCUGCGGCUAUCCACCUUUCUACGGGAACUGCGGCACCGACUGCGGCUGGGGUAGGGGCGAGAACUGUCAGGCCUGUCAGGAGUUGCUUUUCACCAGCAUUCAGGAGGGCAGGUACGAGUUCCCGGACAAGGAAUGGAGAUGCAUCUCUGAGGACGCGAAGGACUUGAUCAGAGGCUUGCUCGUCAAGGAGGCUCACCGAAGGCUGAGUGCAGAUAGUAUUUUGAAACAUCCUUGGAUCAAUCCUGGACCGACCUCCGUCGAAACUUGCGAUCGCCCGCUUACCACGCCUCAUAUCAUAAGGAGGAACAACUCCGCUAGAGAACUCUCAGCAUUCGCUGAGUCUGCAAUGGCUGUGAAUCGUGUGGUACUUCAACAUUUCUCUCUGAACCUUGAGGAUUUGGCGGAGAACAGGGAGCCGCGACUGUCCACGUCGUCCACCGACGACGAUAAUCACCCGUACGGGCACAUGUCCGAUUCUAGCAGCGAACUGUCCGAGAACAGCAAGCACUUCACGACGCAUUCCUCCAGCGAGUUCGAUGCCACGCGAACUCAGAAGUCGUCCUCCUCUGUGCUCUCCAACAUCGAUCUAAGCGACCCUAAAAUCAUCGGGAAGAAUCGCGUCCUUGGCAAGGACUCUCUGCACCUGUUCGGGUUGUCACCACCGUGCGAAAGCCGUCUGAUGCAACGUCGUCUGAAAGCGCGUUCGGAUCUGCUCGAACGUCAGUCCGGCAAAGCGGUAAUCGCAUCCCCGAGUGGCUAAGAGGUCGUUGUAACGAAAAAUUAUCGUCCUUUCUCGCUACAGUAUAAUUUGUCUCUUUGUAACUUGCACGCGCGAGAACGCGAAAUUGUACAAUACUUUUUCCAACGGCUUAGAUCGGUAAUGAUAGUAUGUAAAAGCGAAAGCGUCGUUGAGUCUCUGACUCUGCGCAGACGAAGAUAUAUUGGAUACGCGAAUAAGAUGAGAACAGGCUCGAUCGUUUACAAUAGCAGUUACGACGGCAAACACAUCAAUGACUCACGAGAUAAAUUCUGUAAAAUCCUGUCGCGAGAACUAUUGGAGAAAAACAAAAUAUAUCGUUAUCUUCUUUUUUUUCAGUAGCCGUAAGCCUCUUUUUGUCUUAAACUUUCCUUUUUAGCGUACGGUUCGGAUGAUAAGCAGAUGUUUUUAUUUCCAAUGUCCAAAAUCCUUUACCUUUACGUCUCAUCAAUCGCCUGAUAUUAACUUUUAACCAAUCGGUAAUAAUUAUGACGUGUUACAUAGAGAGAACGUAAAUACUAAAAUAACAUUAAAAAAAAAGAGUAAAUAUAUAUAUAUAUAUAUAUAUAUAUAUAUAUAUAUAUAUAUAUAUAUAUAUAUAUAUACAUAUAUAUACAUAUAUAUCCAUGUACGAUUUUGUUUAGAGUGUAAAUCUUAAUUGUAGCUUAAUAACGAUAUGCGCUGUAUGCGCAUUCACAAGUGUACCUCGCGCUGCGGUACGUAAAAAUCGAUACUUGAUCAGGAAAAAAAAAUCGUACGUCACAGUUUGACUUCCACUUACGACGUUGCGCGGUACGCGCGAGUAAUUCUUUCGUUUUCUUUGGAAAUAAAAGCAAAUCUGAUUACAUCUAACGCUGUAAAAUCAUCCUCGCUGCGUGUCAUCGGUUAUUCCACGCAGCUUAUAUAUGUACAGUUAUACGUUGCAUAUUGUACAGUAUAUAGGAGGUAUCUACGCAACACGCGCAUCAACAGCAUCUACAUACACAGACACACACACACACACACACACACGUGUCAGAAAUUCACGUACAUAUACUGAGUCCACGCUUCAUUCAUUCAUACACAUCGACGUCAUUGCGAGUCAGCGUCGCGAUCUGCGAGAUGACUCGAAAGAAUAUAUGGUUGCGUCAGCCGCCGUUGGCGCGAACCUUUAUUCUUUUCGUCAUGGUAGUGCACGUCGAGUAACACACGUACGCGCGCGUUCAUGUGUAGACAGGCAGAUUACAAAGAAAAAGAAAAAAAAUGAAAAAAAAAAUGAAAAAAAUGAGGGAAGAGAAAGAGAGAAAGGACCCUCAAGAUCGUGAUAGUUCACGCGCCAUCGAACGCACGAACACCCCUUUUACGUAAAUGUUAUUUUUAUUUGUUCGCCCAGGAAUCAUAUAUGAAUAAGAAAUGAGAGAAGGAAGAAAAAGAAAUGGUGGACGCGACAACCGAGAACGAAUGAUGUUCCUUUUACCGCACUUUUGAUAUUGUUUGAAGUAUAUUCGAGCCAUGUGAAUGUAUAUUUCGAGCAGAGCAAACCAGUGAUGAGCGUAUCUCGGCGCACAGGUGCAGAUUAUAGUUUGCUCAUAUUAGGUUAGUGAAAGCGCGAUAGGUCGUAAGAGACAAGAUUUCAAGACGAUAUUCUCGAGAAGGGCGUACAAUACAGGUUACGCGGUAUUAAAAGGGAUAGAGAGGGGAGAGUUAAAAAACAGAGAUAAAGAGGAGAAAAUACAGCCACUCUAAUAACAGAUCUCUCAGCUGUUAAAUCGUCGGCAACGAAUCAUCUAUCGAUUGGCGUUGCGUAUUUUUGUAGAGUUUUAUCGACCAGGAGUUGUUUUAACGUCGGCCCAUCCACCCACGGUAACGCGCCAAGCCUUUUUACGAGCUGUUUGCGUUUCUCUAGUUUCUCUGCGUUCGUCUAGACGCGAAUAACACGAGAAGCAUAAACGAAAAACGGCGUGAGUUCCACUUUUCGCUCGGGUCCGGGGGAAUAAUUGAUCGUAGCGACGUCUGUUCUCUUAUUUCUUUAUUGCGCGUUACCUUGGAGCAGAAUAAUAUAUGCACAAACAUAUAUGUACGCGAAGGGAAUUUCCUUUUCAUUCGCUUCUUCGUGCCGAUGUGGCGGACGGAUUUUACUCAGGGCAGCUGAGAAAUUAUGCUGCGCACGUGAUUAUACAUUACACCCGCGAGAGGUGAGAGGAGAAGGAUGAGAGAUGUGUAAGGAGCUAUUUGUAACGUUCACGCGUGUACGGAAUCUCUAGGGUUGUGACGUCGUGUAUACGUAUGCUCGAUUCAGGACGCGCUCCUUCGCGACACCUCAUAUUCUUCCUCCAUUAGGAGACGCACAACCGCUGGAGUGCCGUGCCCGCUAACAUUACGCGUUUGUACAUUACGAUCGCAUCGAAAACUUUCGUAGAGAGUCAUUCGCUUGCUAUAUUAGAACACGGCGAAUAUCGGCUUUUGUCAACUUUUGUCUUCUUUGUACUUUGUAAGUAUCGGUAAGAUUAACGUCUAACGAGCCUGGAUAAGAGAGUUAUUGCGCGAAAUAUACAUAUAUACACAUAUACGUAUAUAUAUAUAUAUUUACAUCCGUGUAAAUAAAAGAAAACUAUGAUGUGCAGAUGUGGAAAGCAAUAUAUAUAACGUGAGCUACCUUAAGGGGAAUAUUGGAAGAUUAUUGGAAGAUUAAUAUAUUAUUUUUUUUUUUUUUUUUAUAUCGGCCUCUCUCUUCGCGUAAGGCCAAAGAAUUCUUUCGCGUCGUUCCUUUAUUCGUCGUUCCGUAGUGCGCCCGCCACUACAACGUUUUCCGAGUAACAAUCUUUCUUUUUCUUAUCAAAAACACUUCUCCGCUUGUUUUUCUUCUCUCCCAAGAGUUUAUCUCAUUAUCCUGCUCGAAGUGCGAAGUGUGUCGCAUUACACGUGUUAAGCAAUCAAGCAUACGCUCGAGAAAAGGGAAAGAACUACAAAAUUGUCCUUUAUCUUUUCUAUAGAGUGUUACAAUGUGAAUGGAAGAGGUUUUCUUAAAUAUCAUUCAUGGCCGCGACGAUUUGUGUGACGAAAUUGAAGAGUGUGCGUCUCGGCAAAACAUAAAUAUAGAGCUCGAGUGUGUGUGUGUAUGUGUGUGAGAAUUAUUUUUUUUAAUUUUUAUUUUUUUCUUUAAAAUAAUAUAUAAUAUAAGGGAGUAUAAAAGUAAAGAGCGAGUGUGUCAGUAUGCUGUGUAAGGGAAAAAAAUAUAAAAGGAAAAGAAAAAAAUACAAAUGGCCAUAAUACAGAUCUGUUAAGCGUUAAUGGAUAUAAGAUUGUACAAUAGAGCGCGCGAGAGUGAGUGGAUGGAUGUGCGUGUGUGCAUAUAUACGCGUGCAUUAAAGAGAUAGAGAGAGAAAAAAAAGAAUUGUGUGCAUACGCGUGUACGCCUGCGAGUGUGAUACACGUGGAGAGGAAAACUAACUAGUAGCCUCAUAAGAGAAGAACCCAACUUGAACAGGAUCUUGUCAGAAGUUUGUAGCGUAAGGACCCGGACACACAGAAAAACUUGAGCAAUAAGAAAAUUGACCAAUCAUAGUCUUUUUCUUUGAUUGUUCUUCGACUGUAAAAAGAAUCGUCGACUAUGAUCAGUCAAUUUUUCUAAUAUUUAAAUUUUUCUGCGUAUCUCCGACCUAAGAACACCGCUGAGUCGUACCGAUCGUGUUGCGAAAUCAUCACAUUUCCCGUCUUCAUCCGUUUACAUCUUCGCAACGCUCGCGAGUAAUCUUUUUUUUCAUUUGGGACAGAUGAAACUAUGAGUCGUUUUAAAGUCGCUCGAGAUUGAAGCGACGGCGCGGCGUUUCUUCGUCCGGAGAGGAGCUGGUGGACGACGUAACAUACGCGACGAUACAUACAAUACAUUGGUCGGGUUUCGCACGGUCGGCUAUAACGCAGCGGUCGGCAGUACACGUGAAAUAUACGGACGUUAUCAUUCUUCAUUCUCUUCCCGAUACAUAAUGCGUAGGUUUCCUUUGCCGAGCGAAAGAGAAUGUAUAUCACGAAAGACAUGAACGAGUAAGCGACGAAACGCGUCGUCGACGACGACGUACGUUCGCGCGUCGUGCCAAUCCAGUCGUCCCCAUCGCCUAAAGUGCGGGGAUUCUAUUGUCGCAGAAACGAGCGUCGCUGCGAGGAGAGGAGAUUUAUGUCACACUUUCUUUCGAAGAGAGAAAGAUGGAGGCGCGACGAAAGGGGAGUGAAAGAAGAAACGAGCAAUCACCUGUUAAAUGUUUCAAACGGUAUGCAUAUCCCGUUCCUCUCAUCAUCUUCCGGCCUGCACACUCUGUAGAGCACUAUGUUCCCGUCGCAAAACCCCGCUAUUGUCGUGUCUUUCUCUUUUUCGCGAAUAACAAUGGCAAUGCUCGUUAGUAUCCGCGGUUGGACACAUCUCUCGCGAGAAGACGCGUCUUUCUUUCUCGACGAAAAGAAAUGAGAGAUGUCGAAGACUAAUCAGAACUAGCUCGCGAUACGGUCCAUUGUUCACACAUUGUCACGAUAAUUUCUGAUUUCGACGAGCGUUUGCACACACGCACCGCGUGCAACCGCGUCAGAGAGAAAGAUAGGAGUGUGCGACGACAACUUGAUGCGAGAUACAAUUUCGGUCACUUAUUAUUCGUAGCGUAGUCGAUGUAAACGAUCGACAGUGGAAGAGUGAAAAUACUGGAGAAUGUAAAUAAGAUUUAUCUAGUAGCUAUAGUGCCUAUAUCCUAAAAAAGUAGAUUGAUAAGUAGUACCACCCCCAAAUUUUACCUCCUUAUCCUCGUACCUGCCUAGCUACCUACCUGUCUCUAUCUACUUGCCAAACCUACCUACCUACCUACCUAGCUGAUCUUUCUCGCUACUUUCCUUACCUCACGUUGAAAAGGGAAAAGAUAAGAAAAUUUAAGCACUUUCCUCUCCACUUUUAUGGCCUUCUCAACUGACCUUCUUUUAACAUCGUGUAUCAUCAAAAAAAUUCAAACAUUCCUUUCUAAAAAUCUCUCUAUAGAAAAACAAGUUCUUUUACCUUGCUCUGUGCAUGCCUACUUCCUUGCCUACUCUCCAGCCUUCCUCAUUUCCUUGUUCCCUCCUUCCUCCUCUUUCCUUCCCAUCUCCCAAAAAAAUUGUUAUAAAAGAAAAAAUGGCCAAAAAAUAUUUUUUAUUUUUCAUACCCACUUGUAUGUAGUAAAGACAUACGAUAUAUUUUUUUGACACGGUUGAGGAGAAGACGGAGCUUGCUUAGGAAAGGAAGGAGAAGCCGCUCGUCCCAACGGUCGUUCCCGUCUCGGGAUCACUCGAACAUUCGUAUCACGUUUGUACUUCUUGUAUUGUAAGAGAGAGAUGAAGCAAAAAAGAUCGGGACGCGAUCGUGGAAGACAACAGCGUCUCCUUCAUUUCUUGCGUUUGGUGCGAUAUCUUACUGCGCUUAGUAUUAGACACUUUUGUAAACUGGAGUCGCUCUUCUGUUUUGUGUGUAUGUGUGUAUGAGAGAGAGAGAGAGAGAGAGAGAGAUUGUAAGAAAGAUUUUGUGAGACAGAAAGAGAGAUGUGAGAGAGAGAGAGAAAAAAAGGGCCAAAGUCCACACGAAAAAACGUGCUCAUGUACGUAGUUUUCAGUUUACAUACACGGAAUACGUGUUCUCACUACAUUUCCUUCGAUAUUAUCCGGAGGAUUGAAAAAAAUAAUUUAAAUGGAGUUCUUUUUUUCUUGUUUUCGACUUUAUUAUCACGAAAUUGGACUAUUUUCCGAUUAAAAAGAACGAAGAUAUCGCUGGAGAAACGUUUACGUUUUCGAUAUCUCGUUCGAACGCGGGCGAUUUUGAAACACUUGAAGGUAUAUCACGUCGUGAGCACGAGAGGCGCUUAGUUUCUCGAGUAUACUUUUAUUCGUAUUUAAGUGGCGCGCGCUUAGCCUAGAGCGAAACAUGUAAAUGUUGAGACUGGAUGAUGAACGUACAAAAGAACUUUAUUAUAUCUGUAAAACACACGAAGACACACACGCUAAGUUAAUCGCUCCACGAUUUGAUGCGUACGAUCGUCCGAGGAAGCGAGAGUACUCGUAGCGCGCGAUUGGCUUUUGAUCGCUAAAAUGAGAGCAACAGUAAUAAUUCCUACGACGACACGAAUUGUCCGGAGGGAAAGAGAGAAACGAAGAAUCUGAUUGCAAUCCGGCAAUGGCGUGAUUCGAAGAGAAAAAAAAAGAAGGAAAAUAAGGAAAAACAAAUACACGAUCUGUCAUUAAUUCCUGAUAUAUUGAUCAUUAAAAUGUAUAUUUUUUAAGUGAAA